UGCACUGUGUCUCAUCUGGGUGACCGAUCAGUGACGUGGAUGAGGAAGAGAGACCUACACAUUCUCACCGCUGAUGUCUACACAUACUCUGCUGAUGAGAGAUUCCGGGUUCUUCACCCGGAAAACUCAGACGACUGGACGCUGCAUAUAAAGUUCACUACCGAACGUGACGCUGGUGUUUACGAGUGUCAAGUUAACUCAGAUCCUAAGAUCAGCCGUAAAGUUACACUCACUAUCAAAGAUAGUCAGUUGGACGACCCACUACACUACGGGAUAGCCACUACGGAUACUAGUGAGUUUACCUCUGUAUCUCUGUACCUCUGGUAUGUGUCUCUCUGUAGUCAUGUAUAUGCUUCGCUGUAUCUCUGUACCUCUGGUAUGUGUCUCUCUGUAGUCAUGUAUAUGCUUCGCUGUAGCUCUGUACCUCUGUUGUGGAUACCAUUCAGGUGCAGUAUCCUUGAUGAUGUUGCAGCGUCCUUGAUGAUGAUGCAGCGUCCUUGA